AUGCUUAUCUUAACAAUGUCUCUCUUCUAAAGAUUCAAAUGCAAAUAGUAUACUUACCCAGAUCCAGAAAAAGUCUAUAUUUAAACUUAUACUUUAAUUAAUUAUGCUGGUCAUGUUAAUACAACUAUUCCAAUACCUUACAAACUUUAGUGCUAAGAUAGAAAGUUACUUGUUGGAAACCUAAAUUUAGAUUUUCCUACAAGUUAGAAUGGUUUUAUAAUAGAUAGCAGUAAUAAAGAUUAAAAGUAAGUGACAUUUAAUAUUUACAAAGAUAGUGUUUAAAUUAGCUUUUUCUUAGCAGAAAUAUGCAUAGAUUAGUUUUACGUUGCUAAUCUUAACAUCACUAACCCUUAAUUUAAAAAUAAAAAUAAAUUAGAUUACACAGAUAAACCAUCUAAUUUUACCAAAAAUAUGGUAGCUUAUGCUUACAUUACAGGUGUUUUAUAUGACACAAACCCAUAAUAAAGUUUAUUUAUUGCAAGUGUUUAAACACUAGAUGAUGGAUUCCAUUUUAAACUAAGUAAAGAACCAAAUUGUCAAAUAACUUUUAUUAGUAUAAAUUAUAUCUAUUACGAAAAACGAUAAGAUGAAUCUUCCUACUAUUUCAUUUAUUAAUAAGAAGACCUGACAAAAUAAUCUAUCACUGAUUCAGAUUUCAAGUUAGAUAAUGAUUAAAAUUAAAGUGUCUUUUCGGAGAUCUCAAUUGAUUUUAAUUAUUCUUGUCCUGAAUAAUAUUAGUAAUAUUGCUUUAUGAUUGGACUGACUGGUUAUUAUUAAAAUUACAACUAAGAAAUAAGAUAAAGAAUUUAAUCCAAAUUUAUUAGUAAUAACACUAUUUAAAUUCAAUAUACUAAAUGGGCUGGUUCUCAAUUAUUAGGGAUAUAGUCUUAAAUACUCUUAAUCUAAAUGGCUGUAUGUACUGGUGAGUUAGCUAAUUUUCAAGAUUAAUGUUAAAAGUGCCCGUUAGGGUAUUACUAAAGUAGAGAUGAAAAUAGAAGUUUAAACAGAUGUUAUAAAUGCGACAAUUCUUGUUAUACCUGUGAGAAAAAUGCUUUCAAUUGCUCAAUUUGUAAAGAUUAAAUAUACAUGUAAUUUAAAGAUAAUAAAUGUUAAUGCAUUAAUUCUACUAUGAGCUUAGAUAAAAACAAUAACAUCUGUAUCUGUAAUGACACUUAAACCAUGAAGUAGAAUUCUUAAUUAAAAAAAUGUGAUUGUAUAGAUUAAGAUCUAAUGAAUUAUGAUGAAAAACAGUAAAAAUGCUUAUGUAAAGAAACAAUGAAUUUCAACGUAAAUGAAAAAAAAUGUGUUUGUGUUGAUUAAGAUAACAUGAAAUAUAAUUCUGUAACAGCGAUGUGUGAUUGCCCUUCUGAAAUGAUCUUCAGCAGUAUCUUAUAAGUUUGCAUCUGUUAGGAUUCCUCUUAAUAUUAUGAUAAAGAUAAAAAGUAGUGCCUACUAAAUCCAUCUUCCUAAAAUUGUGAUAUUUUAGAUCAAUUUAAUCCUUAGUGCUAAAAAUGUAAAAAUGGAUUCUAAAACCAUAAUGGUUAUUGCAAAUAUUGUGGAAAAGGAAAGUUUUUUGAUGAGCUGACUAAAACUUGCUCUUUAACAUGUUAAGAGUACUGCUAUUAAUGUUCAGAUAAUUAAACUUGUAAUUAAUAUUAGGAUGAAUUUCCUUGUCAUUUUAGUUGCUAAUUAUGCUAAAUACCUAACUCAGUUAAAGGUUGUAUUAUUUGCAGUUCUGACACUAGAUAAUUUAACUCUACUGAUAAUUCUUGCAACUGUAAAUUUGGAUUCGAAGAAGUUAAUAAAGCUGACUGCAAUUAAAUUUAGUAAUCGUUUAGCUAGUAAUUUUUAACGUUUAAAUCAGUUAUUUCAAACGUUUCAUACUAUUUACAGCUUUUCUAAGCAAUUUUUCCUUUUUAUCCUCAUAUUUUAUUCUCUUUUAUGAUUUAGCAGUAAAUUGGGAUUUUAGCAUAUAAUUUACCAGGAAACAAUGACAUAAAUGACAUGAGAAUAGAACUUUUAAAAGGUUAUUAAACCUACAAUUUUAAUUUUUUUGAGUAAAUUCAGCUCAUCUAGUCAGAUAACUAAGAAACACAGAAUUAAAUAAACUAUUUAACAAUCAGCGCUAUAUGCUUUACUUUCAUGCUUUUAUUCAAAUUAUCUAAUUUAAUAUUUAAAACUUUAUAAUAAAAAUUUUGGUUUUAAAAGUUUUAGUAAUAAGGAUUUAUAAUUAUAUCAAGACUGAUAUCUGCUUAAGUCAUAUAUUAUGCGAUUUCUAUCCUUUUACAGUUGAAUAAGCUCAAUAAAUUCUUUAAAGAAUUAAUUUUAGUGGCAAUAAAUUUAGCUGCUCUAAUUUUAUUUUUAGUUAUCUAAACUUAAUAUUCUUACUUUCUCUUCAAGCAAAAGAAAAAAAAAGCAGAUACUUGUAGUGUUUCUUCUUUUGAAUAAGCAUAGUAAGUUUAAGACAAUAACUCAAAAACAAACAAAGCAAUAAUGAUCAACGAUAUAAAUGUUAUUAAAGGAAGUAAAUACUUGAUUUGGACUGUUUUCGAAUUAAGAAAAAUUAUUACUGCUAUUUUAAUAUUAAAAAUAUAAUCCAAAAUCGACAUAUUUGUAGUUGGAGGCUUGUAGCUUGCAUUUGGAUGCAUCUUAUUGUUGAGAAUAUUUAAUAAUUAAAUAAAAUAAAUAUAUAAUAUAUUCACUGAAAUUAUUCUUGCUACUAUUUAUUUCUUAUCAGCAAUUGCUUACAAUACUUUAAGUGAAAAUGUCUAAGAAGGAUUGUAAUAUAAAAAACCUUCUAUAAUAGAUAUAAUAAUAAUAGCUGCUAUUUUCUUAAUUUAAGUAUUCUCAACUAUAAAUUGUUCCUAUUACUAUUAUCAAAUAAUUAAACAAUUCAUAAAAAAAAAGUAAUAAACCUAAAAACAACUGAUCAAAGACAUGCAUAUAUAAUUUGAACAAUUCCCCUAAGAGUUUAAUGCUAGUAUAAUUGAACAAAUAUUAAACAGCAAUAAGACAUAAUUUUCUUUUAAAUAUAGAAAGACAAAUAAUAAAUUUUGA